AUGGCGCCAAGCAACACGAUGACUCCGCACCCGGACGUCGAGUUCGCCCACAUCAAGACCCCCGCAGACAAUCUGCAGGACAAACGCGGCAGUCUUAGCGCCGGUCGUGCCUUUGGCCCCUCCCCUUGGGCCGACCAGUUCUCGUUCCUCGGGAACCUCGCCCAGGUCGUCAUCUUGGCCUCCAUCUUCGUGUACGCCUACGGCCAGCUCUUCUACUUCUCGGACGCGUACACGGACACGGUGGGCUCCAACAUUGGCACGUGGUUCGGCGUCCCCGUCGGUGGGGGCAAGGGGGCCGGCGGCCAUUCAGAAAUGGUGCGUCCCAUGUUCUUCUUCCUCUUCUGCUUCAUCCCCAUGGCCGUGUCCAUCGUUCUCCUGGAGUUCCUUCGCCACUUUAACGUGCGUCGCAUCUCAUCGGCCUACGUGCUGAACCUGGCCCGCUUCCUGCGCCUCAAGCCGAGAAUCAUGGGCCGCGUGGUGAACAAGAGUGUUGGAGAGCUGCUCUUCCUCGGAUUCCUCGUGGGAGGCAACAUCUACGUCUUCCAGUACUUCUACCGCGCCCGCGUCGAGAGGAUGAAGACGCGUAUGCCCGACUUGGACUUCACAGCGUAUCUGCAGAUGGUCGCGCUCACCUUCGGCUUCGUGUGCGUCUUCAACAUGGCCUUCCUUUUCCUUCCUGCGACGCGGAACUGCGUGUGGAUGGAGUUCCUCAACAUCUCGUACGCCAAUGGGAUCAAGUAUCACCGCUGGGUGGGGGUCAUCACGGUUGUGACGGCGUUCCUCCACUGCCUCGGAUACUACUGGGCGUGGAUCAAGGAGGGCACGUGGGUGAAGGAGGCUCUGCCCUGCUUCAACUGCGAGGUGGGCACGGAGGGCAAGGACCCGUGGAUGAACUUCUUCGGCCUCAUCGCACUGCUGGCCUUCCUGGCCAUCGGCUUCACCUCCAUCUCCUGGGUGCGCCGCAAAAUGUACAACACGUUCUACUCGGUGCACCACCUCUUCAUCCUCGGCACCGUCUUCGCCGUGCUGCACUGGAACCCGAUUCUGGCGUGGAUUUUCCCGUCCGUCAUGCUUUACGUCAUCUGCCGCGCACUCUCCAGCUCCAACGGGUUCACCCCCGUAGCGGUUCGAGAGUUCACGAUCAUCUCUCACGACGUCGUCAAGGUGGUGGUGGCCCGUUCUACCAGUCGGACCGGGAAUUACAAGGUCGGCCAGUUCGUCUACCUCAACGCACCGGCCAUCUCCAAGCUGCAGUGGCACGCGUUCACCAUUUCCUCGUCGCCACGGACCAGCCCCGACACGCUGACGAUCCUCCUGAAGUCGCUUGGCGACUGGACGGAAGAACUCGUCAAGUACUCGGAGGACUGCAAGCACAACAACGUCCUCCCGACCAUCUACGUGGACGGCUACUACGGAGCCUCGCUCGAGAUGUACGACGAGUACUCGACCGUGUGUCUCGUGGGCGGUGGCAUCGGUGUGACCCCGCUCUUCUCCAUCCUCGAAGACGUCGUGGCCAAGCUGCAGCAAGGGUCCUCGAUCCGUCAGAAGGUCUACUUCAUCUUCACCUUCCGUGAACUGUCACUGCUUGAAGAGAUCCACCCGCUGCUGAUGCAGAUCAAGGAGCUGGACCCGCAGGAGCAGUACUUCAGCCUCCACUUCAGCCUCACGCGCGCCCCGACGAACGACCAGCUCGACCAGGAGCUUGACCAUGGCCGGCUCGCAGGCAAGCCCCAUGUGUCUGCUGUUCGCUACGACACGUCCGUCUCGUCCAAGGUUCCUCAUCCGUUCGCUGAGCCUCUGCGCUCGCGUACCAGCAAGCUGACCAUGUACACGGUGGUCUUCUUCCUCACGUUCCUCAUCUGGAUCGUCGUCAAGUACGGCAACAAGGUGCAGGCGGACGACGCCAACCUGUGGCCCCUGCAGAACUUCGUCGAGAUCACGCUGGUGAUCGUCGUGGCCAUGCUGGGAGUCUACGCGUUCGCGUUCGUUGAGAGCAAGAGGCACAAGGAAUCGACCGCUGCGUCCAGCCACCUCAUGACCCCCGGGGGCAUCCAGCCCUACGCCAGCGACGCCCACACGUUCCGCGACUUGGUCACGGACUACCGCGUUGCGGUCGGACAGCGUCCGAAUAUGGCCGAACUCAUGCGCAAGGUGCACAACGGCCACAAGCAGUUUGCAGCCUCCCACCCGGGCGUCGGGGCGCCGGGGAACUCGACCGUCGGCGUCUUCUUCUCCGGCCCGGGGGCGCUCAAACACGCGAUGGAGAGCGCCAUCUCGGACAUUGGCGUCCGCCACUUCGACGUGCACGAGGAAGAGUUCGAGCUGUAA